AUGGACUUUUCUCAGUUUAACGAUGCCGAGCGCAACCACCUCCAGCGCGUCAUGGAGCAGAAGCAGAUGAAGGACUUCUUGAAGUUGUACAGUGGAUUGGUCGAGCGUUGCUUCACCGACUGCGUCAACGACUUUACUUCCAAGGCAUUGACCACCAAGGAGGAGGGUUGCGUACAGAAGUGCGCUGACAAGUUCUUGAAGCACUCGGAGCGUGUCGGUCAAAGAUUCGCCGAGGCCAACGCCGAGAUGAUGGGAGGAAGCAAGUAA